ACAAAUCUCACAUAGAAAUACAUCUGUCUGCUGAUGCUGCCUCUUCUUCUUCUUCUUCUUCUUCUUCUGCUGUCGAUCGAGUUUCCAAAACAAGUGUGCUUAGAGCAAUUCGGGACUCACGCGCGUGCGAAUUCGUUGUUGACAAAUAAAUAAAGCCUUGCCAGAUGAGUGUGUCUCUUUGCGUAAUAGUUUUGCGCCAAUACAACACUGAAUAGUGUAGUUCUUGAAUUUGUCUAAUCGACCAUCGUUGAGAUAUUUCGUGUUCGUCGAAAGUAGUUGAACAGAUAUUGAAAUCAAAAAUGAGAUCGAGUCGAAGCACAAGACUCCAGAAGCAAACGCGAAGUAGAUCGCGGUCUCGACAAUCUCGACGGCGAUCAUCCUCCACAAGUGAUCGAGAAAUAACUGAGUUAUGUAGACGAUUGCAACAAGCAGCCGAACCAUGUUCCCGAAUCAUUAUUACUGCAGACGAUGAAACAGACGCAAGACCCGUACGUCCUGUACGACCGGACAAUAGUGUUAACACAGUCGGCUCCAUCACCAUCCCUAGGUCGAGUUCACCAUGCCUCGUGAACCCGAUUCCUAGGCGCGCGAUACCUAUACUUAGACUGCCACCCGAUACAGUGUGCUUCCCAAUUUCGGAUGAGUAUAGGCCACCGCCCAGGACGAGUACUUCGCCAUCUUUAUGUGCCAUUCGCAAAUGGGCCGAGCUCGAGGUCUUCUUCUUCGUCCUCUUCUGAUUCAAGGACCCUUCGUCCCGCUUCUUCCCGACGAUU